AUGGGCCCCUGUACCGCCUCCUCAUGCUGCUGCCAGGCCCCUAAUCUGCCAUGGGCCCCUGUACCGCCUCCUCAUGCUGCUGCCAGGCCCCUAAUCUGCCAUGGGCCCCUGUACCGCCUCCUCAUGCUGCUGCCAGGUCCACAGUGUCUCAUGGGUCCCUGUACGGCCUCCCAUUGCUGCUGUCUCCAUCGCCACACUCUGCCAUGUGCCACUUUCAGGUCUCCUCACACUGCUGGUGUGUUUCCAUUUUUUGUCAUAGGGUGCUGGCAGAUUACGGGCCUCCCAUUGCUGCUGCCAGGCCCCUAAUCUGCCAUGGGCCCCUAUACCGCCUCCUCAUGCUGCUGCCAGGUCCAGAGUCUCUCAUGGGUCCCUGUACGGCCUCCCAUUGCUGCUGUCUCCAUCGCCACACUCUGCCAUGUGCCACUUUCAGGUCUCCUCACACUGCUGGUGUGUUCCAUUUUUUGUCAUAGGGUGCCUGCA